AUGACCGAUACCGACACCGACUCUCUACUUGCUGCAGACGACGACGCCUUCCACUCCAUCUCCGGCGUCCUCGAGACUGCUGAACCCGCUUCCGCUUCCGCCUCCACCAACCCCGCCAGCAAUACGUCUGUCUCUGUCUCUACCGCUGCCGCCACCGCUCCUGCUACUGCCGCUGCCACUGCCACUGCCACUGCCACUGCUGCUGCUGCUGCUACUACUGCUGCUGCCAACAGCACCUCCUCAACGCCCUCGAUGCGGCAACAUACGCUGGCGGGCCAGCGCCCUCUCAACCCGUCCAUCUCGUCGUCGUCACCACUCUCCUCACGGGAAGCCUCGCCUGCCCGCCCUUACCAGCGUAAUGUAGCUGCUGCCGGCUCGGGCGUGAGGCCUGGCUUCCGCUCACGCAAGAGCAGCACCGACGCGAGCCCCAGCCGAAUGUCGAGUCUCGCAAACUCGACCACACCUGGCCCCUCGCCCACCGGCCCAGUGCAGCGCGCUCACUCGGCCACAAGCAUACCAGAGACCACUUCCGCAACACAAUCCUCCACGCCCGACGCCGCACGCGUACCGCGUUCUAUCAAGCCCGCCCCGUCCAAGUCUGCCUCGGCCGACGCAGCACCCCAUUGGCCCAUCUCGCCGCGGCUCAGAUCACCACCGCCCUCUGACGACAGGUUCUCGCACCCUCGGAGAAACUCACUGCGCUCGCAAAUCAAGAGGCCAGAGACGCAGUCGACGCCUGCCAUCAUCGUCCAGAGCUCGUCGCCCGCCUCGCCGCCCCGUCUGGCCGUACCCGAGCACCCCAUUGCGAGCGAGCCAGAUGAGCCGACGCAGACCAUAAAGGCCCCCCCUGUCCGCGGAUCAAGCGGCCAGCCUACCAAGCUCGAAACCGUCCAAGAGUCUAGCUUGCCUGCCACAUCCGGAUUUCAUGGUCUAGAGCCGCAAAGCUUUGUUUCUUCGCUCAACGCCCACAAAUCCGAUACGGAUCGAAAUGACGUCAACUCGUCUAAAGUCACUGAAGACCUCAGCUCAAAGCACGACUCCUUCAAGCACGACUACUCCAAGCACACGGAAAGCGGCAGUGACAGCGCGUCAAAAAGCGCCAAGAAGGGCAAGAUGCAGGAGCAGCGCUCGACCUUUGCCCAGCGGCCACAGCACUCUGUCUCUGCAAAGCCGUCGCUGUCCUCCAUGUCAACACGCGCACGCGAUCCGCCGCUACGCAACAUGACGGUCGAAACCGAGACCGUGCCCUCGGUUGCACAGGCGUCGAUUGUGAACCAGGACCGCUCCGCCUCAGGUCGUGCCGACGGUGGCAUUCGUCUGAAGCCCAGCAAUGAAACCAUACGUCCAAAGAAGGAGAAGAAGCCCCCAAAGCGAAAAGCCGCGUCCAUCAAUGCUGGCACUGGUAGGUUGCAACACAUCUCGUACCCUCACCAUACCCACACUCGGCCCGACGUUGGUGUGCUCUCCAACACACCCUCGUCUCUAGGCAGCCCCAUCUCAUACCGUUCGUACGAUGAUCGUCGCUCUCUGUUGGCCUUGUCUCCCCCAAGCCCGGAAAUGCGCAUGUCUUCGUCUUCUCGUCAUCCCCAUCUCAGCUAUUUUUAUUCAAGCACUAACGCCAGCUACCGCACAGCUUCCUCCAAGGCGGACGUCUUCGAACAAAAGGUGGCCAGUGCAGUCGAUGAGGCCGACUCCUCAGACUCUGAUGCUACCUUCAUCUACGAGUCGAAUCCUCCCGACCCGCCUCACCGCAGCCGGGGACACCAUUCACGCACGCCAAGCAUGACAUCACUAGCAAGCCUCACCAACCCACAACUUCAGUUCCGCGAUAAUCAAAAGCAUCCAAGCAAGAAGAGUAGCACUAAAUUUAAAUUCACUAAUCCGCAUGUAUAUCCUAGUAUCGAUGGAGACGAUCGAGGCGAAGGCACCGUCCGCUCAGGCUCUGGGCGGGCUGGCGGAGGCAGUCACCACCACCACAUCGGCGGUAGAUAUAGCCAGGGCCGAGGUGGAUUAAACCACUUGGUCAUGGACAGUGACUCGUCGAUGCCUCAGUCUUCGCGCAAUCGUGGACCGACCUCGAGAAACGCAUCGCAACCAAAUAGCCCUCGCUUCCACACCUUCAGUGUUGGCAACGGACACAGCAAUGGCUCCAAGAAGAAUGGAGAGUACUCAACUGCAUACGACAUUGACGCUGAGAAUGCGGCCGAUGACGAACGCACGCCACUCAUCUCUGGCCGAAGCCCACGAGCCCGGACCCCCCGCCAAAGGAAUAGCGCCAAUGUACGCCACCUGGAACGCCGGCAUCACCGCGACGGCGGAUGGUGCCGACGCUUUGCUGGAUGCUUGGUCCUUUCUAUCCUGCUCUUGGUUGUCGUCUUUUGCGCCGUUGGACUUGUCUUUGCGACUACGAAGCCUCUCACAAGUCUUGUGGUACGCGACAUUCAAAACGUCGUCGCAAGUCAAGAGGAAGUUAUUCUGGAUCUCAUUGUCGACGCAGUCAAUCCAAAUAUCAUUGGAGUCACUGUUGCCGAUAUGGAAGUUUCCGUGUUUGCUAAGAGCAAGCAUGUCGGCUCCGAUACAUGGUGGCGUGAACAUGGCAACGGGCCACCUGAGAACGAGUCGCCUGACGACUUGGAGAAAUGGCAACCCGUGCAAGACCAGUCCCACCAUGUGGACACUGUUGUCCGUACCACCGGAGUUGACGAAGGAACCGAUCCCAUUGAAGGCGAGCCUCGCACCAUGUUACUUGGCCGCGUUAACCGUUUUGACUCGCCCUUGACUUUUGAAGGCUCGUUCUUUCAACGGCAUCGCGCAGAGUCCAUUGGCGAACUUCGAUUAGGGCAUCCAGGAAACAAGACCGAAGCAGGUGGAAGCGAGCGCUGGGAAGAAGUCCUCCAACAUCCUUUUGAACUGAUUGUCAGAGGCAAUUUCAAAUACACACUUCCCCUGAGUACACAGGAGUUCAAGGUUCCGGUCACAGCCUCUCACUACUACGAUCCAGACGUCGAAAAGAAGAAAAAGCCCGCCGCUCUGAAGGGCCUUGGAAAGAGGAGGAUUUUACCACCUGUACCAACAAAGCCCUGGGGACGUUAUGACCGCAGAGCACUACCGCUCUGGAACCCCCAAUAG